AUGCGCAACGCAAUUUUCCCAUUGCUGAACCUGGCCUUAUUCAAAGAUUUCAGUGGUGCCCUUAAACAGACCCCCAUUGGCCCCACGGGUGACUUGGGAUAUGCGACAUACCAAGGCAACCAGCGGUAUCCAAACGCGGUUAACUCAGGAACCACGGUCGACUUGGGAUAUGUGACAUACCAAGGCAAGCUGGACGAGGAAUACCCAAACACGGUGGUAUACUUUGGGAUACCGUAUGCCGAGCCCCCUGUAGGCGACCUGCGCUUCCGUCCAACUGUCCCUCUAAACACAGCACGUGUGACUAAAGAGGCCAACAGGAAGGUAGUCAGCGCGACCGAGCCCCCUAACUUUUGUAUUCAAGGAUCACUUCCUGGGAAAGAUGGAGGAGCAGGAUCAGAGGACUGCUUAAAUGUCAACAUUUACACACCCUUGGACGCCACAGAAGGGCCAACUGUAGUUUUGGAUGCCUGUCCUAGGUUGCCUGUGAUGUUCUUUAUCCAUGGCGGAGGUUUUGUUUUUGGAAACCCGCCCACCUGGCCAUUUGAUCAUUGGAUCGAACAAAGCCCAAAUGUCAUUAUCGUGUCGGUUUAUUACCGUCUUGCUUCUUUCGGCUUCCUGCCACCCCCUCCUGAGUUCGCCGACCAAUUUGGCUAUAAUGCGGGACUCAAGGACCAGAGAGAGGCACUCAGAUGGGUCCAGUCACACAUCAGCAAAUUCGGUGGCAACCCGAACGAGGUCACCAUCGCCGGGCACAGCGCCGGUGCCAUCUCCGUGGAACUACACAUGACUGUCAAGGAGAGCCCGCCGCUUUUUGCUCGUGCUAUUGCACAGAGCGUCGUCAGAUCACCCUUCCCACCCUGA